UGCAGUGCGAAGUAUUUCAUAGAAAUAUAUUGAAAAAUGGUUAUAUUCCUUGUGAAAAGAAAUGAUGAGAAUCAGUUUUUAUAUGAAACUGAUGUUGAUAAGGAGGUCGAUGACGUUGUUAAGGACAUAACUGCUAUUUUCAAUGGACGGUUGAAAGUGACGAGGUUGUGCUAUGAGAUCGAGGAGCUGCAGAAGCAUGGGACCUUCUUGCCUCCAGAGAUGCAGGGGUUGACUGAUGAACAGAUCAAAGAACUAAAACUGGAAGAUCCGUGGGCACAGCGCUGUGCCCCACCAGGUCACGUCUUCGUGAAGGAUGACAUGGGUCGCCGAUGCGGCCUCGCUCCCCCUCCCAACAUGCAAGAAGUCAUCAAGAAAGCUGCCGAGGACGCCAAAGAGUUUAUUAGUAAGAAACAUGUGGACCUUCGCAAAUGUUUGACUCAGAAAGACGUAGCCAGAGCCCUCGACGAGCUCCGUGGUGCCACUAAGAUCGUGUUCCCUGGUGGUCUACCACCACACGAUCCAGUUCGAAUGGAGCUGGAUAACGUGGAGGAUCUGACUGGAACCCACGCUUCCACUGAAGUCAUCGACCCAUCCAGAGCCUGUCUUUGGGCUUGCGGAAAGAAGCUCAUCAGUGGGAAUAAACUGAGGGACCAUUUAGGAAACAACAACAAAACUAAGGUGACAGUGAAGCUCUGUUCUAACUCCGAAGGUGCACCAGGCAGGGAGCCAAUCAUGAGCGAGGAAGAACGCAAGCAACUCACUCUCCACGCCUAUAGAAAGCAGGAGGAGUGGAAGAAGUUAGAAGCAGAUGAAGACGACAGCUAUAUGGACUCCAAGUGGGCUGACGGACAAAACAUGAAGAGAUACUUCCAUGGCCUUGAAAAUAUCUCCUGGAAACCCACUUUCAAGAAGUAGAUUGGAUUAUCAAUCUUGAGAAGUUUGUUCGAAGGUUGCUUUUUGCUGUGAGGUUGUUGUGGAGUUAAGUCCUUUUGGUUUUUGUGUCAAUCACAGUGACAUUUUGUUUUGGGUGUUGGUUCAGUUGUAGUUGUAUUUUGUUCGUGUAAUUACAUUCAAGAUAUUUAUAUUAGGAAGAUGAAUAUGU